CAUUAAUCAUACAAUUCGUUUCAUGACGCCGUCUUCUUCUUCUUCUUCCCCAUUCCUUUGUUUCAGUUUCACCACCGCGCGCUGCAAGAGAAAAAGGAAAUACCUAAAAUGCCCUCUGCAUUGUCUUCUUUCCCAGCGCGUGUGACGCUACUCGCUCUCUUCUCCGCCACAACCUUCUACUUCCUCUACAAGUCUCGCCGCUUGCGCCACCUCAAAACCCUCACUCUCUCUUCAAAACACACUACACGUGGCAAAAUCCUAUUCGUUUCACAAACCGGAACUUCCGAAAACCUAGCACAGCGCCUCCACAAUCUCUUAGCCUCAAACGGCGUCGUUUUCGACCUCGUAGAUGCUCAGAGCUACGAGCCCGAAGACUUACCGAAAGAAACCCUAGUUCUCAUCGUUGCUUCGACUUGGGAAGAUGGGAAUCCACCUUCUGGAGCACGUUUUUUUGCCACGUGGCUCGCGGAGAGCGUGAAGGAUUUUAGGGUUGGGGCGUUGCUUCUGAAGGGUUGUAGGUUCGGGGUGUUUGGUGUGGGGAGUAGAGCUUAUGGAGAGAGGUUCAAUGCGGUGGCUAAGGGUUUUGUGAAGCAGAUUAGGGAUUUGGGUGGGAGUGAGGUUGUGCCUUUAGGGGAAGGUGAUGUUGAUGGUGGUGAAUUGGAUUUGGAUUUUGAGAAGUGGUGUGAGAAGGUUGUUGGUUUUUUGAAAGGCAAGGUUUUGGAAAAUGGGGUUAAUGGUAAUUUGGAGUGUGGGGUUUAUGAUUCUGAGGAGGAAUCUGAAGGAGAGAGUGAUUUGGAGGAAGAGGAAAUUGUUGAUCUUGAGGACAUUGCUGGGAAGGUGCCACCAAGGAAGAAGACGGCAGCGGCAGCUGAGAGUAAUGGUAAUGGAAAUGGAAAAGUGAAUGGCCAAAGGGAAAUGGUGACUCCAGUUAUUAGAGCUAAUUUAGAGAAGCAGGGGUAUAAAAUUAUUGGUUCGCAUAGCGGUGUUAAGAUUUGUAGAUGGACCAAGUCACAGCUUCGAGGACGGGGUGGUUGCUACAAGCAUUCAUUCUAUGGUAUUGAGAGCCAUAGGUGCAUGGAGGCAACCCCUAGCCUGGCCUGUGCAAAUAAAUGUGUUUUUUGUUGGAGACAUCACACAAAUCCGGUGGGAAAAAGUUGGCAAUGGAAGAUGGAUGAUCCAAUAGAGAUUGUAAAUUCUGCAAUAGAGAUGCAUUCAAAUAUGAUUAAACAAAUGAAAGGAGUUCCUGGAGUUACCCUGGAGCGACUAAACGAAGGUCUUACACCACGACAUUGUGCAUUAUCUCUUGUUGGGGAACCUAUUAUGUAUCCAGAGAUAAAUACACUUGUGGAUGAACUGCACAAAAGGAGAAUUUCCACUUUUCUGGUGACAAAUGCACAGUUUCCAGAUAAAAUAAAGUCAAUGAAGCCUCUCACCCAGUUAUAUGUCAGUGUAGAUGCUGCAACAAAAGACUCCUUGAAGGCAAUUGAUAGGCCACUCUUUGGAGAUUUCUGGGAACGAUUCAUUGAUUCCUUGACAGCCCUCAAGGAAAAACAUCAAAGAACUGUAUACCGCUUGACAUUGGUGAAAGGUUGGAACACUGAAGAUGUUGAUGCUUAUUACAAGCUCUUUAGUAUUGGAGAGCCUUGACUUUGUUGAAAUCAAGGGAGUUACAUAUUUGGCUCCUCUGCCACAUCAAAAUUGACGAUGGAAAAUGUGCCUUGGCAUGCUGAUGUGAAAGCUAAUUUAAU